AUGGCACUGCUUCUCAUUGUCGCUACAGGUUUCACAUUCAUAUACCCACUCGAACACUUCGAAAAGCGUCAUCCCAUAAACGACCUUAUCUACGAGGCCCGCAUAAUCCAUGACCGCUGGCUUUUGAAGGCCUCCACGAGCAAGAAACUUGCAACGGCAGUGACAGUAUAUUCAGAGCGCCAUGGCGGCAGAUUACCACCUCCCCAUUUUGGUGAUUGGUAUCGAUAUGCUUCCGGUUCGUCGAUUGUAGAUGAAUUCCGGCAAAUUGACAGCGAUUUGGAUGUGUUCUGGUCUCUAUCGCCAGAAAUAGUUCGGAAACGAGUUCAGUUGGCAUUAUCCAACCCGGGCGUGGGAAAUAUAACUGUGGAAAAUGGACAUGUCACUGUCAGUGAUGCAGGACAUGAAUCCAUGAGCAUGGAUCUGAGGGAGCUGGCCGACACGAUUAAAAAGUUCUCAAGACAUCUACCUGACAUGAUCCUGCCUGUCAACUUAAAUCCGACACCACGAGUGCUUCCAUUGUGGAAAGAUACCCAAUAUCAGAGCCGAGGUUACCUGAACUCGAUGGCCAAAACUCUGUCCGAGAGGUCGGAGAGUCAUUUUUCUGCCGCAAACAAAACGAUCGGGUUGAGACCCAGGGAACGGACUGCUCAAAGUACAACGUCGCCUCAAACUCAGGCAAGGCGUUACCGGCAAAUGCAAACUGAAGCAUGUCCUGCGACGUCCAGGGCUCAAACAAGCCCUUACUGGGACACGGGCCUAUUCUGUUCGGCCUGCGUGAAGGAUCAUUCUCGUGGCCAGUUGAUGAGCGAAUGGGGGAAAUUAUUAGACGUUUGCUCUCAGCCGGACCUUAAUCAUCUAUACAGCUUUUCAGUGCCAGACUUGAGCGCCGCACCAAUCAGAGAACUCGUUCCUCUAUUUGGCCCAUCUAAGAUGGGAGGGUUUCAAGAUAUCUUGAUUCCCUUGUCGAGCUCGCGACAAGACCGGACGGAUGACGGAGAGCCCUUUUUGAAACGCAAGGACACUCUACUCUGGAGGAGUGCAAUUGGAGGAGAAAUGAUCAAUGAACAAGCGGUAAGGGGAAGCCAUAAGUUGAGGUUGUUGCACCUUAUCAACAAGGCGGACGCCAAAGACCGGACAACGAUGAUUCUCCCCGUUCCAGGGGCGGAUAAUCAAUUCAGGUCGGUAUUUGUUUCAGUUCCGGAGGCUAAUCGCGAUCUGUCCUUCAACGUCGGUAUAGACGAUUUCUCCGCUUGUAUAGGUCAGCACUGCGAUGUCAUCAAAACCUUUUAUGGCGAAGUCACACAGACCGAAGAUCCGUUUCAGUACCGCUAUGUCCUUUUGACUGAUGAAGACGACGGACCACCAGCCAAGACAUUGAACAUGCUACGCUCACACAGUCUGCCCUUUAUCUCAACGAUAUUCAAGACUUGGUACUCUGAGCGGCUCACGCCUUGGCUGCAUUUUGUGCCUGUAGACCCCAGAUAUCAGGCCUUACACACGACAUUACUUUACUUUACAGGGACUGCAACCAAAGCCAAAAUGAACGGUAUCAAUACAUAUUUAACAGGCCGUUCUUCUGAUGGAGAGUGGAUUGCACGUCAAGGCCAACGUUGGGCCAGCGAAGCAAUUGGCGCGAAGGACAGGGAGAUAUAUCUAUUUCGACUGUUGCUUGAAUGGGCUAGGCUUAUCGACGAUCGAAGAGGUGAAAUUGGGUACAGAAGAGAGUCAAAUGGCGAAUUCCGAAGCGAUGAAUGGUCGCGCACAUCAUAG